AUGAGUUACGAAAAGUUACCAUUGGAACCUUUGUUCCAGAAGAUCGACGAGUUAAAGCCUCAGUUCAUUGAACGUUUGGAAAGAGCCGUGGCCAUUCCUUCCGUUUCCGGAGACGAAACCUUGCGCCCACAAGUGGUGAAGAUGGGAGAGUUUUUGAUCACUGAAUUGACUGCUUUGGGCUUCACCGACAUCCAGCGCAAGGAGUUGGGCACCCAGCCACCUCCAGUCGCCGAUGCCAACUUGCAAUUGCCUCCAGUCAUCUUGGGACGCUUCGGAACCUCCCCAGAAAAGAAGACUGUGUUGGUUUACGGACACUACGACGUCCAACCUGCUGCAAAGGAAGACGGAUGGGCUACCGAGCCCUUCACUUUGGUCCACGACCAGGCUAAGGACAUCUUGUACGGACGUGGCUCCACUGACGACAAGGGUCCAGUUCUUGGAUGGUUGAACGUGAUCCAAGCCCACAACGAAUUGGGCUGGGAAUUGCCUGUCAACUUGGUGGUUUGCUUCGAGGGAAUGGAAGAGAGCGGUUCGCUCGGCUUGGACGAGUUGAUCGAGCGUGAAGCCAAGGAGUACUUCGCCAAGGUCGACCAAGUCACUAUCUCCGACAACUACUGGUUGGGUACCUCCAAGCCUGUGUUGACCUACGGAUUGCGUGGAUGCAACUACUACCAGAUCAUCGUCAACGGUCCUGGUGCCGACUUGCACAGUGGUGUUUUUGGUGGUACCAUUGCUGAGCCAAUGACCGACUUGAUCAAGGUCAUGUCCACUUUGGUCAACAGCGACGGGCUGAUUCAGAUCGAGGGCAUCAAGGAAAUGAUUGCUCCUCUCACUGAUAAGGAGAACGCUUUGUACGACGAGAUCGACUUCUCGGUGGACGAAUUCAACGCUGCUGCUGGUUCCGAAACCUGUUUGCACACCACCAAGCAAGACUUGUUGAAGCACCGUUGGAGAUUCCCAUCGUUGUCCUUGCACGGAAUUGAGGGUGCCUUCUCGGGUACUGGAGCCAAGACCGUCAUUCCAGCCAAGGUCAUUGGUAAGUUUUCCAUCAGAACCGUUCCCAACAUUGAGUCCGCCAAGUUGGACCAGUUGGUGUUCCAACACGUCGAGGCCGAGUUUGCCAAGUUGAAGUCGCCCAACACCUUGAAGGUUGAGUUGAUCCACGACGGUAACUACUGGGUUUCCAACCCUUUCAACGACUCGUUUACUGCUGCCUCCAAGGCUACCCAGGACGUGUGGGGCAUUGUUCCUGACUUCACCAGAGAGGGCGGAUCCAUUCCUAUCACCCUUUCGUUCGAGCAGAAGUUGGGUGUCGACGUGUUGUUGUUGCCUAUGGGUAGAGGAGAUGACGGAGCCCACUCCAUCAACGAGAAGUUGGACGUUCCCAACUACAUCAACGGAUGCAAGACUUUGGGAGGCUACUUGCACUACUACGCCAAGGCUUAG